GCGAACGUGACAGUUGUCGUCCAAUCGUUGGAGAACAGCAUCUUCGCCGAUGACUCUGUCAUCCCGGAACCGGAGCCUGUUCGUCCGACGGGCCUGGAUCCAUUCAUCAUCGUGGCCAUUGUGCUUUCAUCGCUGUGCAUCCUCGUGCUCUGCGCGAUCGUGUUCUGCAGGAACAAGUGCGGUCAAAAGACGCCACAGACGGACACCAGUAGG